AGACGUUAGACGCGCUGUGACUUCGAGAGAAAGCACGAUCCAUGUGUUUACGUUGCCCUUUAUUUCCAUUUACAGCCAAUUGUAGCAGCAGUGCUCGAAGUAUCUCGAAACAGCGCUGAUGGAGUGCGACUCCGAAUCUCGGUGAAGUCUAGUCUUCAGAUCUCGAAGAUCUCAAGGUCCAGAGAAUCUCGAUAGAUGCUGAUAGACACGCAAAACUACAAGUAUUACGUCACAUCAAUGCAUCUCGUACACGCCCUUCAUAAAAAUACGAAUUCAUACGAUAACAAGUAACGCAAUAAAACACGUAAUAUGCCUCUCCCCCACGUCGGUCAGUUACGUCAGUUACGUCGCAUUCGUUCUUGGCAUGAGAAAGGAAGAGAAAGAGAAAGAUAAAGAGAUAGAGAUGCAUUAAAUUUCGCUCGAGCUAGAAUUUCUGGAGUCUGGUAUUCUAAGACCCAAACAUGUGACUUCGCGUGAUAACUGCUCUUAUCAUUGCAGUGAUUUCAGAUCAAUCUUAGGCUGAACUGCGUCGUGUUAACAAUUGAUUUAAAAAAAAGAGUCAAGUGCAUCGUGAAGUAGGGAAAAAAGAAAAAAGGUAGAGAAACAAUACGAGAAGGGAGGGAAUAUAAAAAAAGUACGCAUAUAUAGGUAGAGGUGGGUGACACGCGUUAUUCGCUGCCAUGCUUGCGCCCCACCGUGUCCUCCAGCCGUACGCGCAUUUUAUAAGGACUGUACGCUCAUUGCAGUCUGCCACUUACUACGGUGUCACGUUAUCAUCAUCAUCGUCGUCGUUCCCGUUUGCUGUGCGAGAAUCCGAUUGUCUCCGUCGCCACCUGCUGCAACAUCCGUCGUCGACAGAACGACUUGUGAAGAGCAUUCUCGGCGCCUCAUUCGCGACAAUGGCAAAAAUAAAGGCAGGUCCAGUCGUCGACAUUCUUGGCGAUGAAAUGACACGUAUCAUAUGGGAUUCGAUCAAGGAGAAACUCAUUUUGCCCUACUUAGACAUUGAAUUGCAUACAUACGAUUUGGGCAUCGAGAAUCGUGAUGCUACAGACGACAAGGUGACAGUAGAAUGCGCUGAAGCAGUCAAACGUUACAAUGUCGGUAUCAAGUGCGCCACCAUAACGCCCGAUGAAAAACGGGUAGAGGAAUUCAAACUGAAACAGAUGUGGAAAAGUCCGAACGGCACUAUCAGGAACAUCCUGGGCGGCACGGUAUUCCGCGAGGCGAUCAUCUGCAAGAACAUACCGCGUCUGGUGGUCUGCUGGAAGGAGCCAAUCAUUAUUGGCAGACACGCACAUGCCGAUCAGUACAAAGCAACGGAUUUCGUAGUACCAGGUCCGGGUAAACUAGAAAUCACAUGGACUGGUAAUUCCGGCGAGAAGAUCCAGCACACCGUCCACGAUUUUCAAGGUCCCGGUAUCGCCCAGGCUCAAUAUAAUACCGACGAGAGCAUUCGCGCUUUUGCCCACAGCUCAUUCCAGUACGCGUUAUCGCGCAACUAUCCACUGUACCUGUCCACAAAGAACACGAUCCUCAAGAAAUACGAUGGUCGCUUCAAGGACAUAUUUCAGGAGAUCUACGAUAAGGAAUACAAACAGCAGUUCGAGGCGAAGAAGAUAUGGUACGAACACCGAUUGAUUGAUGAUAUGGUGGCCUACGCCAUGAAAUCCGACGGUGGCUUUGUAUGGUCGUGUAAGAACUACGACGGUGAUGUACAGUCGGAUUCGGUGGCACAGGGUUAUGGUUCCUUGGGCAUGAUGACGUCGGUUCUCAUAUGUCCGGAUGGACGCACGAUUGAAGCCGAAGCCGCCCACGGCACCGUCACUCGUCACUAUCGUCAGCACCAGCAGGGCAAGGAGACGUCCACCAAUCCGAUUGCCUCUAUUUUUGCGUGGACUCGCGGCCUAUUACAUCGUGCUAAACUCGAUGACAAUCCGCGUUUGCAACACUUUGCCGAAACGCUAGAGAAGGUUUGUGUCGACACCAUCGAAUCUGGUUUCUUCACCAAGGACCUUGCCAUAUGCAUCAAGGGUAUGAGCAACGUCACCAGGGCCGAUUACCUCGAAACAUUCGAAUUUAUGAACAAACUUGCUGAUAAUUUGAAGAAACAACUCAACGCAUGACUCGUUGGUGACAGAGAAUGUAGCCUGCGAGCCAAGUAUUAAGUCAUUACAUUGCAAUGAAAGGAAAGAAAUAUUUACGUGGUUACGGGAAAAAAUUAAAUUUCAAUGAGUAUAUAUUAUGAUUACAUGCGUGUAAAAUUGUCGCUACAGUUAUGUUAAUUUCUCUUCUGUUUCACGCCACGUCGUACGAUAUUACGCUCGAUUUAUCUUCGAGGCAUUAAUCAGAUUAUUCAUUUUAUAAAACGUCAUAAACUGAUUGCCUCAUAUUUUUCUUGAUAGCUAUGUAAUAGAUGUAAAAGGCAAGAUAAUAUUGAUAUUGGUUAAUGAUUGGACCAAUUAUUCAACUCAGCAAAAUAAUCGAUGCUUUAAAACUCUAAAUUAUUCUUUAUUGUAAUAACUUUUUCAAUUUACUUAAUUGAGCAACAGUUUGAU